CUGAUCACGGUCGUUUUGGCAUUAUCGCCUUGGGUUUUUGCGACCGACUACAACUGCGCAAAUGUGCACAUCGUAUACGCCGUAUUUUGUUUCUAUCACUCGAACCCAGCUUCACAUCCCAUGCCGUUACCGUCGUGAUGCCCUUAGGUUUCGAACGUCUCAACGAGCGCUCUCAGCGCCCGAAUGCGUUGAUCAACUUCAUUCGCCCACUCCCAGGGCAGACCGCCCCCACUGCUGAAAAGAUUCUCAAUCGCGUCGCUGCCAUAUGCUAUCCGUUCAUGAAAAAACACAUGGUACUCGUCCAAGCUCUCGAAGAGUUCCCGUACAACAACGAGUUCGUUGGCCGCAACUUCAAUGCCGGGGAGGUCAUACAACUGGUCCUACGAAAUCGACAGGGACAAUGGCUACCCGAACGAUGGGUCAUGAUGGUCAUGGUACAUGAACUCGCGCACUGCAAGCAAAUGAAUCACUCCAAGGCAUUCUGGAAGGUGCGGAAUGAAUACGCAGAGGACUUGAAAGAUUUAUGGCAAAAGGGAUAUACGGGUGAAGGGCUGUGGGGAAGAGGUCGGAAUCUUGAUUCGGGGCGUAUGCAGUCUGGAAGUACCGACGUGGGCGAUGUUCCAGAGCAUCUAUGCGGCGGAACGUAUGGACGACGAAGCAAACGAAAGAGGGGCAGAAAGACAAAAGAGAAUAUGAGCUAUGCAGAAAGAAAGCAGCGCCGUAUACUAAAGAAGUUUGGUGCUGGAGGCCAAGCGUUGGGCGAAGAUGAAGCUACGAAGGUCAAGCUGGAAGGUGGCGUGGCAAAGAAAGGGAAACCAAGAGUUGCUGGCAGUGCUAGAGGCAGGGAACUCAGAGCUGCUGCAGCAUUGGCAAGAUUUGACACCUCUAAGAAGGAAGAAGUCACCAUCAAAGAGGAAGAGUUAGACUCGGACACCGAUGAUGAUUACGAGGAUGUAGACGAAGCAGACGCUGCUUUCGAUAUCGAUGGGACGAAGUUGGUCGACAACAAAGGGCGUGCUUUGGUCAAGAUUUGUGAAGAUGACAAUGAAAACGAUGGAGAAGCCAAGAGGGAAAUGGAGGAAAUUCAAGAAAUUGACCUGAUCCAUGAAAGGCCAACAAAGUUAGAACCACCUCUUCGCUCGAAGCAACAGCCCCCAGGGGUGAAGUCAAUUUCAAAGAAGCCUGUUACACAAAUGAAGGAGGAACUGCCUUCUAAUGAUACUUUUCAUCGAAACGAAUCACAUAAAAAUCGACCGGCAUCCUCGAACGCAACUGAUGCAAAAGCAAACGCCCGGAGCUCUGUCGCAAGUACACAGGAAUGUUCUAUCUGCUCACUGGUCAACGAGCCUGGAACGUUAAUUUGUGCUGUUUGUUCUCACGUCCUCAACCUACACCUAGCACCAGAUCAUUGGAAUUGCGCACAACAAUCAUGCAAUACCAAAUAUAUCAACUCAGGAGACGCCGGUAUUUGCGGAUUGUGUGGCAGCUCGAGAAGGGAUUCCUAAUGCAUUCUGCGUCUGCUGCUUCUAAUGAUACCCCUUGUUUUUUUUUUUAACUUUAUACGAAUCAAUACGGUUCUUAGAACGCCGAUUGCUCAGACCACAGCACAAUGUAGUAUAACAAGACGAAUGCAGUGAUGAAAGAGCACAGCGAUCCUUCACCCGGGGAGAAGAGAAGCUCUAGCCAUUCUCUGAUAUUCCAGUGAAUGAAUAGACCCAAAAAAAAUACGAAGUC